AAGGUGAGAAUGAGAACAAAAACAACUACAAAAAGUCUUUAUGUGGCUUCAAAACUCACAGAAAACAGACACACACCUCUAACUGACUUGGAUAGGGACAGAGCCGGCUUCACUGGGCCAAGGUCCAGCAGAGGGAGCCUGCAAGCUCCUGGGGAAAUCUCUCCUGGAGGAUCCACACCAAGUGCCAGCACUGAGCUUUCCGAAGAUUCCCAUGGCAGCAGAAGGGUUUCUGAAACCGACUUGGCUUCCCGUAACUCCACAAGCGCUGAUGGACUUCGCACAGGAUUGUGUGACCUUUGAGGACGUGGCCAUUUCCUUCUCCCAGGAAGAGUGGGGGCUUCUUGAUGAGACUCAGAGGCUCCUGUACCUCGGUGUGAUGCUGGAGAACUUUGCACUUGUAACUUCACUGGUUUGUUGGCAUGGAAUGGAGAACGAAGAGAUUCCUUCUGAGCAGGUUUCUGCAGAAGGAUCGUCACAGGUCAGAACUCCAGAGAGAAGUCCAUCCACCCAGGACACUCACCCCUGUGAAGUUUGUGUCCCAGUCCUAAAAGACAUUUUGCAACUGACAGAUCAACCUGCACAGAACCCAUACUUGAUGGAUCCACAUGCAGACCUUCAUCAGGACCAGAACACUCACAGUUCAGAGGAAGUUUUGAAAAGAGCCUUGGACAACACUUCAUUGAGGAAGUCAGUGUCAGGAAAGACCUUCACCUGGGGGACAGUUGGAAAGGACUUCUCAUCCACAUUGGAUUUUAUCCAGCCUCCAUCUGUUUCUAGCUGUGAGAAGUCAGACACAAUCACUGAGUUUGGGGAGACCUUUCCUAGUGGAAUAAGCCAUUAUAAGUGGGGUGAAUUAAGAAAAGCUUCCAGCCGCAAACAUACUUUUGUUCACCACCCAAGAAUCUAUACUGGAAAAAGGUUUUAUGAAUCUACCAAAUGUGGGAAAGCCUACCACUGCAAGUACUCACUCACUCAGCUUCGGAAAAUGCACAAUAGAGAAAGGCCUUACGAGUGCAAUGACUGUGGGAAAUCUUUUAGCCAAACCUCCCACUUGAAUGACCACCUCAGAAUCCAUACUGGAGAAAGACCUUAUGAGUGUGAUCAGUGUAGAAAAUCAUUUAGCCAAAGAGCUACCCUUAUUAAACAUUACAGAGUUCACACUGGAGAAAGGCCCUAUGAAUGUGGUGAAUGUGGAAAAUCCUUUAGCCAAAGUUCUAACCUCAUUGAACACUGCAGAAUUCACACUGGAGAACGGCCUUACGAGUGUGAAGAAUGUGGGAAAGCCUUUGGGUCCAAAUCCACUCUUGUUCGGCACCAGAGAACUCACACAGGUGAAAAGCCUUAUGAGUGUGGUGAAUGUGGGAAAUUCUUCACACAGAGCCACAGCUUGCUUGAACACCGGAUAAUUCACACUGGAGCAAGGCCUUAUGAGUGUAGCCAGUGUGGAAAAUCCUUCGGCCUAAAGUACAGCCUUAUUCAACACCAGUUAAUUCACAGUGGAGCUAGGCCUUUUGAGUGUGACCAGUGUGGAAAAUCCUUUAGCCAAAGGGCAACCCUCAAUAAACACCACAAAGUUCACACUGCAGAAAGGCCUUAUGAAUGUAGGGAAUGUGGGAAGGCUUUUAUGUUCAAAUCCAAACUUGUUCGGCACCAGCGGACACACACUGGAGAAAGGCCUUUUGAGUGCAGCGAGUGUGGGAAAUUCUUUAGACAAAGCUACACCCUUGUUGAACACCAGAAAAUUCACACUGGAUUAAGGCCUUAUGAAUGUGGUCAGUGCGGGAAGUCCUUUAUCCAAAAGUCUGGCCUUAUUCAACACCAGGUAGUUCACACUGGAGAAAGGCCUUAUGAGUGUGGCAAAUGUGGGAAAUCUUUUACACAACACUCUGGCCUCAUUCUCCACCGAAAAUCUCACUCCAUGGAGAGGACUCGUGAAGGCAACAAAUAUGGAGAAGCCUUAGGCUCAAGGUCUAGCAUUAUUUAACUCCUGAAGGUUCAUACUGUGCCUCAGACCUACAGGGAAUGUGCUGUUUCAUUUUUCAGUGUUAGCUUUUCUGAGGGAACUACUUGCCUGAAGUUAAACCUCAUGCUUCCGUAUACCUAGCAGAAUGAGAUUUCCCGAGUUCUCAGUUUGAUGAGGCCUAGGGGAGGUGCUGUUCCUAUUCUAAACAAUCCAAGGCCCUUGCCGGUGUUCCGUCACUGUCACUUUUUCUGGUCGAAGCCAUUUUCCUCUGUUACCUUGCACCGUUGUCAGUUGCCUCAGCGUGCUAAAGAAAAUAAAAUGCUUAUUUCCUAGAGGAAGUCUUAAACAGCCUGGGCCUUUAGUGGGAGUUCAUUCCUUUUUCUGACUUAAUUAAAAUGUACGUAU